AUGGCGACACAGGACACAUUGCAAGGAGGUGACAUUACCAAUGUGACGACAUCUUAUCCAGACUAUGAAUCUGAUACGCAAACAUUUUCCGACUUUUUGAAGGAACACACCAUUCUACGAGUGGUCAAGGAUGAUGAGAUGGACGACAGUGACAGCGACAAUGACGAGGAAGGAGGCGCUGGCAAUAACAGACCACGCCGAUUGUACGAACCAGUCGCAGAAGAAGGUUUGAAUGUCGAACGAGUUCCCUGCUAUCCACCACUGCUCCAAAAAAUCAAGAAUCGAGCCUAUGACGACGAUCAUCAAGCGACCUUUCUUUUGGAAAUUCCACUCCGGGAAUUGGUGGCCUGGGACAGUGUCCGUGGCGCCGAUUUGGCGGACCGGGCCAUUGCCAAUACCAUGCGGUAUCAAACACUCUUUGGUCAAGUCAUUGAUCGCUAUUUGGAUUCCCUGUCACAAACGGAAGCGAGAAAUCAGAAUGGCUUUUUGCGAGAUACAGAGGAUGUCUUGCACGAACAACGCAUGGAACAACAAGCACGUCAAAACGACUUUCUCCAACAACAGCAAAAUCCAAAUGAAAAUAUUGAUCUACAAGUCGGGGGUGUCGCUGCCGAACAAGCGGAAGGCACGAACAACAACAAUCAAGAUCAAGCCACGACCAUGUUUCCACCCAUUCUGUUGCGCAAGUACGAAUUGAGGAUUCUACCAUUGGAACGCAAAGGAAAGCUAUUUCCCUUUGUUCGACAAUACAUUGCCAAGAGUAAUUCGCAUGCAACUCAAAUUGCCAAUCAAAGUGGUGUCAGUCUCCGUCACGUCCGGGCCAAGAGCUUGGGACGACUCGUGACCAUUACCGGCAUGGUCGUCCGGGCCACGGACGUCAAACCCUAUUGUCAAGUGGCGACCUAUUCCUGCGACGAUUGUGGGGCCGAAUUGUAUCAAGUUUUGAAUGGCCAACGAGAAUUCAUGCCCCAGCGGCACUGUCCCAAUUGCGCCCAACAAAAUCGACGGAAAUCCAAAUUCAAUACCCUUCAUUUGCAAACGAGGGGGUCCAAAUUCACAAAGUUUCAAGAAUUGAAAUUGCAAGAACUGCCCUCUCAAGUGCCGAUGGGACAUGUGCCUCGUUCGCUCAGCGUGUAUUGUCGAGGAGAAUUGACCCGUCUGGCCAAUCCGGGGGAUGUCAUUACCGUCGACGGAGUCUUUUUGCCACAAAAGGUUACCGAGGGAGGCUACCGAAGUUCACGAAAUGCCGGAUUGAUGGCCACGCUCUUUUUAGAAGCCCAACAUUUGGAACUCCACAAGAAGUCUUUUGACGAAUCUCUUUUGGAUCACCUGUCGGAAGCGGAAUCGGAACAAAUUGACCGGGACAUUCAAAUGGUGGCCACCUCGGAAGAUCCCAUUGGCAUUUUGGCGGCAAGCAUUGCCCCCGAAAUUUUUGGACAUGAAAACAUCAAGCGGGCUUUGUUGUUGCAAUUGACGGGGGGUGUGACUCGCAAAUUGGAAGAUGGCAUGAAGAUUCGCGGGGACAUUAAUAUUUGCUUGAUGGGUGAUCCGGGAGUGGCCAAGUCGCAGCUCUUGAAACACGUUUCGAGCAUUGCACCACGGGGAGUCUACACGACCGGAAAGGGAUCUUCCGGUGUGGGUCUGACAGCGGCGGUCACCAAGAAUACCGUGACGGGGGAAUUGUCACUGGAAGGGGGAGCCUUGGUCUUGGCGGAUCAAGGAAUUUGUGCCAUUGACGAAUUCGAUAAAAUGGACGAGACGGAUCGUACCGCCAUUCACGAGGUCAUGGAACAGCAAACUGUCAGUAUUGCCAAGGCAGGUAUCGUGGCUACUUUAAAUGCUCGGACGGCCGUCUUGGCGGCAGCCAAUCCUUUAUACUCGCGAUACAAUCGCAGCAAGUCCUUGUCUGAAAAUAUCAACUUGCCCAACUCGUUGCUGAGUCGAUUUGAUCUCAUGUUCUUGAUUUUGGAUACUCCGGAUGUGGACAAGGAUAUGGCCCUUGCCAGACACGUUACCUUUGUCCAUCAAAACGAAGGUCUGGAAGAAAAGAAGGACGAUGAUGACGAUGACGAGGACAAUAGUGGCGAUGAGAGCAUGGCGGAGGCUAUCACUUCCGAUUAUGAUGAAACCAAGGGCACUGUGUCGCCUCGCUUGUUGCGGGAGCAUGUGGCUCGGGCCCGACGACAUGAACCCACAGUGCCAAGAGAAGUGGCUCCCUACGUCGUGGAAGCCUAUGUUUCUCUUCGCAUGCAGGAUCGUCCUCGUCGCGGUGGUGCCAGGCAAUCGCAAAGUUUUGGCACCAAUGCGAACGGUGGGAAAUCGGGAGAUCAGACUGCCAUGACGGCCCGUCAGCUUCUUUCCAUUCUCCGAUUGAGUCAGUCGUUGGCCCGUCUUCGAUUUAGUGACUUUGUGGCCCGAGAAGAUGUGGACGAAGCCAUUCGAUUGACACACAUGAGCAAGGCCAGUUUGGAGGAUGAGGGUACAAGUAUGGAUGGUUCCAAGGGAAAGAAGAGAGAAGACAUCAUGUCGCGAGUCUUUCACAUUAUUCGAGACUAUGCUACCACUUCCAAUUGUACAUUCGUCGAGCUGAAAUUGGCGGAGGCCAUGGUUCUACGGAAAGGAUUCACCGUGCAACACUUGCAAUCUUGCCUGGAAGAAUACGAGGCAUUGGAAAUUAUCCAAGUCAAUUCUGCAAGGACUCAGAUUCACUUUGUAUCAAAUUGA